AUGGCACCAAGAAGGAAUAAGUCGAAAAAUCCACCGAUUUUCAGCCAUGAGUUCAUCAUUCAGAAUCACCCAGACAUCGUCUCAUGCGUUGCCAUGGUAUUUGUCAUUGGACUGAUGUUCCAGGUGACUAGUCCAGUUGCUACACUGUUUGUUACAAUGCAACAUAAUGUUACCCUCAAUGGUAAUGCAGAUUAUGAUCCUGAUGUAGGAUAUUAUACUUAUGGUAGAAAAGAUGUCUUUGCUGUAUUUUUUUACUCUUUAAUUUGUAUCGUGGUUCAUGCUGUAUUACAGGAAUAUGUUUUAGAUAAAUUCAACCGUCGUAUGCAUCUAUCUAAAGUGAAACACAGUAAAUUCAACGAAUCUGGACAACUGCUGGCCUUUUAUAUCACUUCAGCUUUAUUUGGUGUCGACAUCAUUUACAGGGAAAGUUAUUUAAUGGGAAUCAGUAGAUUAUGGGACAAUUAUCCUCAUGCUAAUUUCCCGUUUCUUGUUAAGUUUUACUUUAUUCUUCAAAUAGCUUACUGGAUUCACACCUUUCCUGAAUUAUACUUCCAAAAAGUGAAAAAGGAUGAAAUGAGACCAAGAAUUCAGUAUGCUGUUUUAUAUUUAGUUUUUAUCACAGCUUCCUAUUUACUUAAUUUUAACAGAGUAGCUCUAUGUAUGUUAGUUUUACACUAUACAGUAGAGUUUGUAUAUCAUGUAGCUCGACUCUUAUAUUUUGCUGAAAAAACUGAAUUAGCUAACACUGGUUUUAUGGUAUUUAAUGUAUUGUUUGUGUUAGUACGAUUAGGUACAAUUACUUUAGCUGUUUUAACUUUCUGGUAUGGUCUAGAACAGAGCAACAAAUCUAUUUUUGAUGUCUCUGCUGGUAAUUUUAAUACACAGUUCAUCAGAUUGAAUUGUUUGACAGCAAUCUGUUUCUUACAAGCCUGGUUAAUGUGGACCUUUAUCACUUUCCACUUACGUAAAUUACGAGAGCGAAGUGCCAACUUUGCCGCCAAAAAGCCACGAUCGCCCAGUAAGAAAAGAACUAAAGGUGAGCUUUAA